AUGCGUUUCAGCGUCUUCGUCGUAUUGUUCGUGGCCUCCUUUGUGGCGUGCUGCACAAGCUUCGCUAGUGCUGAGAAUAUCGCCCUCGUCAACUCUGAUAGUCGUCGUCUCCGCUCGGAAGCCGUCAACCCGGAUAACGCUGCUAAGAUCGCUGGUGGAUUUCUGACAAAGCUGAAGGAAAAUUCUGCAAUGAGGAAGGCUCUUAAUGCCGUCAAGACUUCUAACGGAGACGAGAUGGCUGUGAGAAGGGCGAUUACAGGGUUUGCAACUGCCAAGGAAGCUGCCAAAAUGACCGAUGACAAUCUGGCCAAGUUGUCAGUGAUGAUUGCUGAGUCGGCGAAGAAGAACCCCAAGUCGUGGCCUCGUCUCCGCAAGUUUGCCACAAUCAUGCUGGGUGUUAACGUUGGUGGGUUGGCCAUCUAUGGCGCGUACAGGCUUAUCACCGAUAACAAUUAA